AUGUCGAAUGUAGAAUAUGAUCCUCGUGCAACAGCACUUCUUAUAGAGCAUCUUGGCUUUGCGCCCAUAAAAGUCGUUGACGAAGUGAUAAAUGCUGUCAAUCAAAUAAUGGUGCAAGGAAUAGAAGCACUAGAGAAUUACUUGACAAAUCUCCAUGCCAGGGGCCAACUACCGGAAAAUGUCACUCACGAAGAAAUACUCACCGGAACGGCCAAGCUAGAGUCGCUAAUUCAAUACAAGAUUGACUUUGCAUUUGACAAAUAUGAAUUGUAUUGUUUAUCAAAUAUCUUUCAUAUCCCGGCAAAUUUAAUAGAUGAAGGAUGGUUUCGGUUGAAAACCCACGAAGGGAUUGAUUUUACUCAAAUUCAAAAUAACCCAUUGGCGAAACUGGAGUAUGAUGAUGAAAUUUUACGAAUGGGUGAUUUAAUACGGCAGGAAUUGUAUAAACGACAAUACUAUAAAUUACAAAUGGUUACUUUUGACAAGAUAAAGCAGUAUCUUGAAAUUGUUUCGAACAAGUUUGUGAAACUAUAUGAAUUAAGGGCUGAGAAGUCAGGGGAUGUGGAGAAUGGAGAGCCGAAUGGUGAUGGUGAUGGUGGCGUAACGGCAAGAAAAAUCUUGACGAAAUUGAAUCCAAUUGAUGAAACGUUGGAGAGUGUAGCUCUACAGUUGAAAGAAGUGAUAAGCCAGGUGGAAAUAGCAAAACAAAAAUUAAGUACCAUUGAUUUGAGAAAUGUCGAUUUUGGUUACAACGAUCAAUUUAUUGAAAAACGGAAAGCUCGUAUAUUAAAAUAUUUGGACUUUAAUGUUGAUAUACCACCACGCAAGAAUUCUGGUCUAUUUACGGGUGAAAAUAAAGUAGGUGGUGAUGACGAUGAUGAGUUGGAUGUUGACAUGUUUGAGAAUAUCCCUACUCAGGAUAUUGUGUAUCAGGAACUCAAUGCUGCUCAGCAGAGUCGGCACAGCGAUGAGCAGCCACAUGGAAUGGGACCGACGCUGUCUUUAUGA